AUGUUUGAGUGCGCGGUUCUUGCGGGUGGGCCUUUGGUAGAAGGGGUAGUGGAGAGAAAUGAAAGUGUUGGGGUGACGGCAGGACUUGAACCUGCAUUCCUUGCAGUCAACUUUUUGUUGGCAUAUGGGGCUAUCAUUGGCGCUACCACUAUCGCGCCUCGUCACAAAGAAGUAGUGGAGAGAAAGAUGAAUCGGAAGGGUGUUGGGGUGAUGGCAGGACUUGAACCUGCACUCCUCCGGCCUGCCCAUGGACUUAUGGAGGCUACCAUUGGCACUACCACUAUUGCACCUCACCAUCCCAAAAGGUAGUGGAGAAGAGAAAAAGAAGGAAGGGUUGGGGUGACGGUGGGACUUGAACCCACAGUCCUCUGGCCAGUCCCAUCUGGGCUUACG